AUGGUGUCUGGUGUUUGGUCUGAUGAUGGCAUUAUGCAGCUCGAGGCAACAACACAGUUCAGAAAGUUGCUCUUGAUUGAGCGGAGCCCUCCGAUUGAAGAAGUCAUACAAGCUGGAGUUGUUCCACGAUUUGUCGAGUUUCUAAUUAGAGAGGACUUUCCCCAGCUUCAGUUUGAAGCAGCUUGGGCGCUUACAAAUAUUGCUUCUGGAACAUCUGAGAAUACUAAAGUUGUGAUUGAUCAAGGUGCGGUGCCGAUAUUUGUAAAGCUUCUGGUUUCACCAAGUGAUGAUGUCCGCGAGCAGGUUGUAUGGGCUCUAGGAAAUGUGGCUGGGGAUUCUCCAAGAUGCCGUGAUCUUGUGCUUGGCAAUGGAGCUUUGCUUCCACUGCUAGCUCAGCUUAAUGAGCAUGCAAAAUUAUCGAUGCUUAGAAAUGCUACAUGGGCAUUGUCGAACUUCUGUCGUGGGAAGCCACAGCCUCCAUUCGACCAGGUUAAGCCUGCUCUUCCAGCCCUUGCACGGCUUAUUCAUUCUAAUGCUGAGGAGGUAUUGACUGAUGCCUGUUGGGUACUUUCAUAUCUAUCUGAUGGUACCAAUGACAAAAUUCAAGUUGACAUUGAAGCUGGUUUUUGCCCUCGCCGGGUUGAACUCUUGCUGCACCCUUCUCCUUCUGUUCUCAUUCCCGCACUUCGGACUGUUGGAAAUAUUGUCACUGGUGAUGAUUUGCAAACUCAGUGUAUCAUCAAUCAUCAAGCACUUCCUUAUCUUCUCAACUUGCUGACCAACAACUAUAAGAAGAGCAUCAAGAAGGAAGCUUGUUGGAAUAUCUCAAACAUAUCUGCUGGUAACAAGGAGCAGAUUCAGUGUGUAAUUGAGGCUAAUAUCACCGGCCCAUUAGUCCAUCUUUUGCAAAAUGCUGAAUUCGAUAUCAGGAAGGAAGCUGCUUGGGCAAUCUCUAAUGCGACCUCGGAUGGUACCCAUGACCAAAUCAAGUACCUUGUUAGUCAAGGCUGCGUCAAGCCAUUGUGCGACCUUCUCAUCUGCCCUGACCCAGCUUCAGGCUUCAGCUACCAGAGGAAGCAACUUGGGAAGCCUUGCUCUCCUUCAAGGCGCAGCAUCCUACUUUUCCAUCUUGAACACAGCUUGAGGACAAGCUGUUGCUGA